AUGCGGAUCAGUGAGGCACAGAAAGAACAGUUUGCAGAAAAUGGAUUUUUCAUCCUUGAAGAUAUCUUCAACGAAGCGGAGAUCGACAACCUCACCGCCGAGAUCGAAAGGUAUGUUGAUGAAGCAAAUCAGCAGCUUAAGGCGGCUGGCGGAAAGGGAAUUAGCCGUCCGGACGAGAUUGUGUUUACUUCCUUCAUUGCGGAAAAAAACGAGAAGAUUCUAUCCUUCGUCAAACAGGCUAAAUUUGUCCAACUGACGACAGAUCUCAUCGGUCCAGAUGUGCGUCUCUACUGGAAUCAGGCGGUCUUCAAGUAUCCCGAAACACCGCAGGAGUUCCCGUGGCACCAAGAUAACGGAUAUACACCACUCGAUCCGGAGCAGUAUUACACCUGCUGGUUGGCACUCAGUGAUUCAACGUUGGAAAACGGCUGUAUCUGGGUGCUGCCCGAAAGUCAUAAGCUCGGCACGCAACCACAUGAGCGAACAGUGUUAGGGCAGGUCGGAUACUCUGGCGAUGAUUCAGGGGUUUCUGUGCCGCUCAAAAAAGGAAAUAUGGCGGUUUUCUCAUCGUUGCUUUUUCAUCGAAGUGGUCCCAACCUGACGGAGGGGGUCCGCAAAGCAUAUAUUAUUCAGUAUAUACCGGCUCACGCGAGAAACGCAAGAAAUAACGAACCUUUUACGGAUAGGCUCUGGGUUGCAAAAGACGGGAAACGGUAUGAUCGCGACCCUUCGGAUGGGUAA